CUUUUCGCCCUGAAGGAACCAACAUGGAGACAGCAGGCAAAGUUAUCAAAUGUAAGGCAGCUGUUGCCUGGGAGCCUGGGAAGCCUCUGUCCAUCGAGGAGGUGGAAGUUGCUCCACCAAAGGCCCACGAAGUUCGCAUCAAGCUCUUUGCCACAGGGGUGUGUCACACAGAUGCCUACACUCUGAGUGGCAGCGACCCAGAGGGGCUUUUCCCCGUCAUCUUGGGACACGAGGGGGCUGGAACAGUGGAGAGCGUUGGUGAGGGGGUCACUUCAUUCAAGCCAGGCGACACAGUCAUCCCGCUGUACGUGCCACAGUGUGGUGAAUGCAAGUUCUGCAAAAAUCCCAAGACGAACCUCUGCCAAAAAAUCCGGGUCACUCAGGGUCAGGGCCUUCUUCCUGACAAGACUUCUCGCUUCACCUGCAAGGGGAAGCAGAUCUUUCACUUCAUGGGGACCAGCACCUUCUCCGAGUACACUGUAGUGGCGGACAUCUCUCUGGCCAAAGUGAACGAGAAGGCACCGCUGGAUAAAGUCUGCCUUCUUGGGUGUGGCAUCUCCACUGGUUAUGGAGCUGCUCUCAACACUGCCAAGGUGGAGCCCGGUUCGACCUGUGCCGUUUUUGGACUCGGAGCCGUCGGCCUGGCCGCUAUUAUGGGCUGCAAAGUUGCCGGGGCCAACAGGAUCAUUGGAGUUGACAUCAACCCAGAGAAGUUUGAAAGGGCCAAGGAGUUUGGAGCCACGGAGUUCGUGAACCCAAAGGACCACAGCAAGCCCAUCCAGGAGGUUCUGGUGGAAAUGACCGAUGGCGGCGUCGACUACUCAUUCGAAUGCAUUGGGAACGUGCAAAUCAUGAGAGCUGCUUUAGAGGCGUGCCACAAAGGCUGGGGUCAGAGUGUCAUCAUCGGUGUGGCUGGAGCCGGUCAGGAGAUCUCCACCAGGCCGUUCCAGCUGGUGACAGGCCGCGUUUGGAAAGGCACAGCCUUUGGAGGUUGGAAGAGUGUAGAGAGCGUUCCUAGACUGGUAGAAGACUACAUGAACAAGAAGUUAAAGGUGGACGAAUUUGUGACUCACACUCUGCCCUUCGAUCAAAUCAAUGAAGGAUUUGAGCUAAUGCACGCCGGAAAGAGUAUCCGCACAGUGCUGACUUUUGGAAGUGCCUGAAAUGACCAUCAUAUGUGGCCCUGAACUCAUCUCUGUCCAGUCAUAACAACACUUUAGUGCUGCUAUUUUUCAGAAUAAAAGCUUUAGCAGCACUA